AGCCGGGCGGAGCGAAGGGCGGGCCCGGCGUCUCUGGGUGCUGGAGCGCGGCGACACUGCGGCCCCGGGAAGGACGGACGGACGCGCCGCCGGACCGUCCGCGGCCAUGGCCGAGCACGCCGCUCGCCCAUGCUGCCUGGGCUGGGACUUCAGCACGCAGCAGGUGAAAGUUGUUGCUGUUGAUGCAGAGCUGAAUGUGUUCUAUGAGGACAGUGUGAAUUUUGACAAAGACCUUCUAGAAUUUGGGACUCAGGGUGGAGUUCACGUUCACGAGGACGGACUGACAGUGACCUCUCCAGUCCUGAUGUGGGUCCAGGCUCUGGAUAUCAUCUUGGAGAGGAUGAAGGCUUCAGGCUUCAAUUUCUCUCAAGUCCUCGCCCUGUCUGGGGCGGGCCAGCAACAUGGAAGUGUAUACUGGAAGGCUGGGGCCAGCCGCGUGUUGACAAGCCUGUCACCAGACCUCCUGUUACAUAAGCAGCUGCAGGAGUGUUUCUCCAUCAGGGACAGCCCAGUAUGGAUGGACUCCAGCACCACAGUCCAGUGCCGCCGACUAGAGGCCGCCGUGGGCGGGGCGCAGGCUCUCAGCUGCCUCACCGGCUCCCGAGCCUAUGAGCGUUUUACAGGAAACCAGAUUGCAAAGAUUUACCAGCAGAAUCCUGAGGCCUAUGCACACACAGAGAGAAUUUCUUUGGUUAGUAGUUUCGCUGCUUCCCUGUUCCUUGGGUCUUACGCCCCUAUCGACUACAGUGACGGUUCUGGAAUGAAUUUGUUGCAGAUCCAGGACAAAGUCUGGUCGCAGGUCUGCCUUCGCGCCUGUGCACCUCAUUUAGAGGAGAAGCUUGGCUCACCUGUACCGUCAUGCUCUGUGUUGGGAGCCAUUUCCUCCUACUUUGUCCAGCGCUAUGGAUUUCCUCCAGGAUGCAAAGUGGUGGCCUUCACUGGGGACAACCCUGCAUCGCUGGCAGGCAUGAAGCUGGAGGAAGGUGACAUUGCGGUCAGCCUGGGCACCAGCGACACCCUAUUUCUCUGGCUCCAGGAGCCCACGCCCGCCCUGGAAGGGCACAUCUUCUGCAACCCGGUUGAUGCCCAGCACUAUAUGGCGCUCCUGUGCUUUAAAAACGGCUCCCUCAUGAGAGAGAAGAUCCGCGAUGAGUCCGCUUCCUGUUCCUGGAGUGAUUUCUCUGAGGCGCUGCGGUCCACGGAGAUGGGCAACGGCGGGAACCUGGGUUUUUAUUUUGAUGUAAUGGAGAUCACCCCUGAAAUUACUGGGCGCCACCGGUUUAGCGCAGAAAACCGCCAGGUCUCAGCAUUCCCUGGGGCUGUGGAGAUCCGGGCACUGAUCGAAGGGCAGUUCAUGGCCAAGAGGAUCCAUGCUGAGGGCUUGGGUUACCGAGUCAUGCCCAAGACAAAGAUUCUGGCCACUGGAGGGGCAUCUCACAACAGAGACAUCUUACAGGUGCUUGCAGAUGUGUUUGGCGCCCCAGUAUAUGUCACAGACACUGCCAACUCAGCCUGUGUGGGCUCCGCAUACCGAGCUUUCCAUGGCCUUGCAGCUGGAACAGACGUGCCCUUUUCAGAGGUGGUGAAGUUAGCCCCAAAUCCCAGAUUAGCUGCUACCCCAACCCCAGGAGCUUCUCAGGUCUACGAGGACCUUCUCCCACAGUACGCCAAGCUUGAGCAGAGAAUCCUGUCCCAGACCCCGGGGCCUCCAGAGUGAAUUCCUCAGGCCCAGGCAUCCCACUUUGAGACGUACGUGCUCCUCCUGGACAGCAGGGAUCCUCUUCCCUGUCCUAAGUGACUCUGCCUGCCCGUCUGACUCCUCGUGGUGCUGCCUGGGACUACCUGAAACCCACCUUAGCGCAUCUCCCUGAAUGUAAAUGGGCUGUUCCUGAUUCUGUACCCUUGUGCCCGGGGCAGGAAAGCCUCUGUCUUCUCCUGCCCUUUAUCUCGGGGGGCAAGAUAAAGCAGUGAGUCUGGGAUAUAUCCAGUAAAAAUUGUGACUUUGCCUCCUUUCAAAUGCAGAAGUAAAGUGAAUACAGGGACCUAAAUUGGGUGAACGGUGGAGACAAAGCUGUCCCCCCAUAUCCCGACCCCAGCAGCCUCUUCCCCAACUCUCACUCUGGCUACUCCUCCUCAAACUGUAACCCACAGCCACCCGCCCCCUCCGUACUGUGACCCUGCAGUCCAUCCUCCUCCUCCCCACGCCAAACUGAUCUCAGCUGCUGCCUCCCUCCUCAUUUCAGAGUCUGAAGGGCUUCGUAGUAGCUUCCUUUCUUGUCUUUCCUUGCUCACCCCUGCACCUUCCAUCCCUUGUCACCUUCCAGCAUCUGCCCCUUCAUCCUUCGAGAUCUCUCCUUCCUCCCCACGCCCACCUUUUGUAACUCACUGCCUCUUACCCAAAAAGCUUGACAGGCCUAAUGACCAAGCUUUCUGUCCCCCUCCCAUCCACCCUGCCCACUGGCUGCCUUACUCCCCAGAACACCAGACCACUUGCAGGAGCCCUCUCCCAAGUGGUACAGGGUAGCACCUCUCUCCCUCCGUCCCUUCCUUCAGGAAGAAUUUCCCUAAUUCUGGAUUUCUUUGAUUCUGUUUCUGUUUUGUCAUUUAACAUAUUCUCUAUCUUCUGUAUUUCCUAUAAAUUCCUAUAAAUUGGUGAUUGGCUCUUCAACCUCCGUGCUAUUGACAUGGAGCUGGGUAAGUUUUGGUUGUGGGGGCAGCGGGGUCACUGGCCUUGACCCACCACAUGCCGGUAACACGCCCUCCCCAAGUUGUGACAAUCCAGAAUGUCUCUAGGCAUUGCCACGUUACCUCCUGGUGGGGAUAGGAAGACAAAAUGGCCCCUAGUUGAUAACCACUGACCUGGAGGCUUGAUCUGAUGCACAUGUGAUUAUUUCCCUGUUUAUGUCAGACAGCUUCCUAAGAUGGUGGUGUGUUCUUCCAUCAGGAGGCACAUGUGUCUGGUUUUCUCUCAUUUGAGGGAUGUUCAUGCCUAGCUCCAUUAGUUCACUAGGGAUACAGUCUUGUUAUUCCUCUUCAUUUACCCGGGAUUCUUCUAUGUGACAGACAUUUCCUAUCGACUUACCCAAAAGAGCUAGGAGAGGCUUUUCCUCUGUUCACCAGUUUUCAAAAUAAUGGGUUGAUUCCCAAGCAUCAUCUAACAGCCAGUAGUUUUUUGUUUUUAGUGCCAAUAGGAUACAUUUGAUAUAUUUUAUGUAUUUUAAUCCAUUAUGGUAAUUAUUUCUGUCCUUGACUUCUUUUUGAUAGUCAUUCUCUGCAACUUUUCUACUGUUUUCCUGAUCUGCCGUUUCUUACUUACAGGUACAAACGCUCUGUGUAGUCCUUAAUGACUGCUGGGCCCCCAGUUUUUAUCCUCAUCCCUCUUUCUCUCCCAUUUUGUCCUCUUUUAUUGGAUGAUUUUGUCUCUUCUUGGGUUUCCACUACUUAUAGGCCAGGAGCACUGAUCCUUGCUUCCAUCCAGAACUCUCCUUGGAGUCUACCAGAAUUCUCACUCAGAGGAGAACUUCAUACUCCACUUACCUUCCUUUGCCCUUCCCCAAACCUCCUCCUCUUGUGUUCCUGUUUCAGUGAAUUGACACCACUGUUCAUCCAUCCAUUGACUGAGGAACCCAAACCCCAAAUGCAGAUGUCCUCCCCCUUUCCCAUGUCAGCCUCAGAUCAGUCACCAAGCUGAGUUUGGUUAUUCCUUUGUUAACUCCUAAAGCAGUCCCUUUCUCUCCUUCCCUCCUGUUUUACUUUGGGCCCCUUUAUUCCAUGCUCAAGUUAUCCCAAAAGCUUACAGAUAAAGUCCUGUGUGAUCUGCUUCCUGCAGAGUCCCCCCAAUUUUACCUUUGCUGCAGGCCCUUGCCUAAAUUGGAACCUCAGUUAAACCAGACUACUUAUGGUUUGCACCCGGGGUGGAAAAGUGCUGCAAACCGGGUCUGAGACCUGGUCGGUCAAGGCAGUGGAUAGGUGGACAUCAAAGGAAGAGACUUAGAAAAUGAGUGGGACCAGUGGCAUCUCUUCUGAGAGAGAUGAAGUCUUGAAAGGAAGCAGUGUCCCUAGCAGGCUUGGCGGAUGAAGAAGAAAAAGAAAGCGGAAAGCUGAAGAUAACAGCCUAUCGGUAGCAAGUCAAAGAUUCAGAAGAAAAUGGACAACUUCCCCACCCCUAGUUCCUAGACAUUACUUAUUAAAGACACUUUACAACAUUAACCAGUUGGAAAAGAUUCUCUUGGACCAAGAAACAGAGAAAGCCAUUCGAUCAAUCCAUUUUACCUCUGCCCCCAAAGAGUUGCGUGUUAUU